ACAGUAAAUGAAGGGCGGUAUUCUUGCAUUCGCCUUGUGGGGCGUCAUCUUUGCCCUGGUGCCCUUCGCCGUGGAAUUUUUGACGCGAAAAAGUUUUCCUGUGCAUACUACCGGCGCCAUCCUCGUGACAGGCGCGUCUACUGGCAUUGGCAAUCACGCCGCCAUACAUCUUGCCACGCACUAUCCUGAUGUCACAGUGUACGCGGGCGUUCGAAAAGACGUCGAUGCAGAGAAUAUUAAGGCGCUCCAUCUUUCCAACCUCCUCCCCCUCCAUAUCGACACCACGGAUCAAAGCUCCAUGGACGCAGCCGUCGCUUUCCUCCACUCCACCUCCCUCCCGAUCAUCGGCCUCAUCAAUAACGCAGGCGUGAGUACCAACUCUCCCAUUGAAUUCCUUCCCAUGGCCAAGCUCCGGCAGCUGUUGGAAACCAACGUGGUCGGCCCCACUUAUCUGACGCAGCAGCUCAUUCCCUCCCUCCGCGCUUCGCAAGGACGCGUGGUACAAAUUUCAUCCGUGCUGGGUAAAGUCACGUUGGCCACGAGAGGGGCAUACUGUGCGUCCAAGCAUGCCUUCGAGGCCCUCUCGGAUGUGCUCCGCUUGGAACUCUCCGGCCCCUUCGGCGUCUCCGUCUCGGUGGUGGAACCCGCCUACGUCCGCACGGAGAUCUUCGGGAAGAUCCAGCAGGAGAUUGAGACCCUCCUCUCCCCGGAGCUCCGGAGCUUGUACGGGCCAUUUUUCUACCGGGAGGACCAGGCCGCGAGGAAAAAGGCGCAGAUUGCCAAGGGCGAUAGCCCCGUGGUCACGAGCACGGCCAUUGAGCACGCCCUCUUCGCCGACUACCCCAAGACGCGCUAUGUGGUCGCCAAUUUUGCUGGCGUGAGGGCCGACCUUUGCCUAUUCAUCGCCUGGAUGCUGCCGGACAGGCUGGCAGACUGGUUGAAAGGCAUGAUGUGAGGGGGGCGAGAGGACGGGAGCAAGGGGGGGGAAAGAGGGAGCCG